AAGGGGGAUUCCACUACUGAAACGGGUAUUUUUCCCAUAUAUAUUACACUCUUCGGGAUACAAAUGCACCCGACUUUUGACUAAAUUACCACAGCUGUCUUUUCGACCAAACACUGUUCUAAACCUAUAAACCCCCAUAGGGAACCGCUUCCAAUUCUCGGCUGUAACCUGACGUCACGGGUUUUCCAAAUAUGGGCAUCCGCGCGAUCAAAACACGAAGCAGACGACAAAGUGUCAUGGCGGACGCGGACUCGUCGUCGGACUCGUCUGGCGGCCAUGGCGCUGACGACGAGGUCGGUCCAGACGACAUUAUGGACAUUAUGCCCUACGCAUUCGAGCCCCAACGAGAUUCUGGAGGAUCGGAGAGCGACGAUGACGACAAUCAGCCUGCAGAUGCACAAGCAGGGGCGGCAUGGGACGGCCAGGAUGUCGAGACGGAGGGCUGGAGGCUGGAGCCCGGGGCAAGAGAAAUCUGGUGCAGAUGCGGUUCGUGUAUAGAUAUGACUACAGUCCGUGAAUGUGUAUGCUGCCACGACCUUCCUGUGCUAACAGAUCCCGUGGACCACACCAACCUAGAUCGGGGCGGUAUGGGUGUCGGUAGCGGCCGUGGUGAGCUAAGAUGUAUCACCCAACACGAAGAAUUCUUUCCCAUCUGCCUCAUGCGGUCAGCACUAAAAACUGCUCUGAUUCAGCGCCAAAACCUUGGACUGGAAGAUGUCAGUGAACCAUUGAGCACUAGAAUCUUACGACUGUCAGCGUACAGACAGUUUACGUGCUGGGUCCACAAGAGGCGUCUUGGGAGAUCAGUGCGGCGCGUGGUUCCAGCCUGUGCAGUCAGUAAGAUAAGACAGGCCCAUCCCUCUCCCGAUGGGAAUUACGUAGGUUUUCUUGAGGCAGACGAGUAGGUGUGCAAUAGAGCAUAUAGGUUUAGAUAUUGUGGCCAAUUGUAUAACUGACAAUCAGGAAAUUUUCCUGCCAAGACAUUUCGCCAUCACAUGUUCAAUUGCUAAGUUGGUCUGUAAAUCUGUACGCUACUAACAUUUUGCUGUUAUGGUUAUUCAUUCUGGUAAAUCUUUGGGUUAGAAUUAGAAUUGGGGUGAGCGUUUAGCUGCUAAAAUAAAAUAAAGCAAACUUGACAACACAGUGUUACACAGUUUCCAUAUUAUUUACACAAUAAGUAGUAUAGCAGGUGCAUUUCAACCAAAUGUGGACAUCUGUCUACCUCAACUGUAUGGAUUUCUUUAUAUAUUCAUGGUUUAUACAGCUAGCCAAAUAAAAAUCUUGUCCAUAGGCAAAAUAUCCUUAUUUUCAUAUUCCUUUGAACUACAUAUAGAGCAAGGCAUGAAUAUUAUAAUGAUAUACAAAUUUCAAUCACAUUUCUGUAUAAUUUUCAAAAAUAGGUACACGUGUGUUUACAUUUGAAUCAGCUUUGGUGGACACACAUAUUAUUGUUGUAAAACAGAACAUUUUGUUUCUGAGAUAUAUAGGUGGGAUAUUUAUGAAUAAAUGAUUCACUGGAUAUA